UAACCCAAAACUUAAAUUCAACUCUAAAUUGUAAUCGUAUUUUUCAUAACUUAUAUAAAUACACAGUUUCUACGUGGUUUAAGUGAAUAAAAUAGUAAUUUAUUGGAGAUCAACUAAUUUAUAUUAUUAGAUUAGCACAACCUAUCUCAACACAUCUGACAUACUUUGCUUACAUUUAGUCAUAUUAUAAAUAAUUAUCGUUAUAACGCUGUUGUUGCAAUAUCUUUAUAAAUAGUUCUUAUAUGAGUUAUUCUAUUUGAUUCGCUCUAUUUGAAGUAACUGUAUUUUGGCUAUAAGCCAUGAUGAUAAAUUUCUGGAUGCAUCAAUGUCAUAUGAAGUUAUUGGAAGUUUGAGGUGCAGAUGAUGUCUGCGGUAAGCGGUCAAGAAGCAAUAAUCCGCCGUGUGAAGCAAGAAGUGGAGCCCCCGCCGCACUAUUCCCCGCCUGACCAAUUGAGGCAGAUGCCGCUGAUGCAGCCCUGUGAUCUGGACUUAGAGCCAAAAGAGGAGUUAAAGUUCUGCGUAUCUCCCGGUUCUGGAAGUUUAGUCGGAAACACCAGCCCUGAGCAGCAGCAUUGCUCAUCGACAACUGCUGCAGCUUCCAGCGGAGCAAGGGAUGAUGAUGCACCACGUAGAGUCUGUCUGGUCUGCGGGGACGUUGCAUCGGGUUUUCACUAUGGCGUCGCCAGCUGCGAAGCGUGCAAAGCCUUUUUCAAAAGGACUAUUCAGGGAAAUAUAGAAUACACAUGUCCGGCGGCGAACGAGUGCGAAAUAAACAAACGCAGACGGAAGGCGUGUCAAGCGUGCCGGUUCCGCAAAUGUCUGCGCACGGGCAUGUUACGGGAGGGCGUCAGGUUGGAUCGAGUUCGCGGAGGGAGGCAGAAGUACCGGCGUGGACCUGACCAGCCUACUCCAAAUCAACCCAGGCCACAACUUGAUGAUAUCAAGGUAUUAGAAGCGCUCAUAUCAUACGAGCCGGAGUUGUAUGCAUCGGCGCCGCAAUCCGCGGCCGUGACGGAUCCAGCAGCGCGAUCGUUGGCUGUGCUUGCAGACUUGUACGACAGAGAAUUAGUAGGCGUCAUCGGCUGGGCCAAACAAAUACCCGGAUUCACUGAACUUACCCUCAAUGAUCAGAUGCGGCUGCUACAAAGCACGUGGGCGGAGAUGCUCAGUUUAAUGUUGGCAUAUAGGUCUAUGUCGAGUGGGAGCGCCUUGCGUCUGCGUUUUGCUAACGAUUUCACGCUCGAUGAGCAACAGGCGAGGGAAAUUGGUGCACACGAUCUCUUCUUACAGAUAUCGGGCGUAGUGCGUCGCCUAGAGCGUGCGUCUGCGCAGCGUGAGGAGUGUUACUUGCUAAAGGCGUUAGCUUUGGCCAACAGCGAGGCGCGUCUCGACGAACACGCGGCUUUGCGUCGCUUCCGAGAUUCCAUACUUGCCGCCCUCAACGAUGCCGUCUCGGCCCUCAGGCCCUGCGAUGCAAACGGCGCCUUACAGCAGUUAUUGCUCGUGCUCCCAGCCUUACGUCUCGCAGACGUAGCGGUUAGACGCUUUUGGACGGCCGUACAUCGCGAUCGACGCACGCCUAUGAACAAACUCUUCAUUGAAAUGCUCGAGGCGUGCCUGCGGUAGGUUGGAUUUAGAAAAUCUUGGUGGUGCAGGCUCACUUUCCAGUUUUAAACAGGUAGUGGAUGGUAGGAAUAGAGGAUUGCGAGGUUGUCGAAACAGUGCGGGGCUUGCCAGUCAAGCGAAGACACGUAACAUUGUAUGGGGCUGUAUUUUACCGAUAGAUUUUCUUAUGAAGCAAAAUUUAUUUUAAUGAUCUCAAGCUUAUCGUGUCUCGAUGGCGUUACAUUUAUCACAUUGUGUAUUACGAUCAUUUAAGCCAUACAAUGAGUCGUGUCGAGUUUUUUUUAAGAAUUUCUGUAUAUAAUGUCUGGUUUGUGGAGACGCGAUGUGUAGCAUUUAACGCUUUGUAUCAUAAUCCGAGAACAAUGUUAAACUUGUAAUGUAAUAUUCAACUUUAGUGUGAUGUGCGAAUUGGGAAUGAGAAUAAAUACCAGAUGAGAGAGUUUUAGUAUCACUUCAAAUGUUGUAUAUGUCGCAUAAAGUAGUUAAAUCUGUGAGCUAAUUGAAUGUCUAAACAUUUAAUUAAAAAUCGAUAUUCAAUUGAGUAGCUAUAGUUUCGUCAGACAAGUGAUUGAACAAAACGUUUAUCGAGUUUCCUAAAGGUUUCUAGGCAACAAGACUAACCAAUACAAAACACGUAAUAUCCAAGCUCUCAGAGUCGACGUGUCUACCAUUUCACCAAAGACCAGAAUUUGAAACAAAAAACCCCCAUCCCAUAACAAACGUCUGUCAAAAGAAAGAUUAAAGUUGUUGUCGUGUCCGCCAUCUUGUACAUUACAUUAUUAAUCAAAACGCUGGCUAUUAUAUAUUUAAUUACUUUACUGCAACAUUUAUAUUAUGUCCGUUUGUCCGAUCAUAAUGAAACCUUUGGUUUAGCUUACGUUUAACUUUCACUCUUGGUAUAUUAUGGCUGUGAAAGGAUCGUCAGAAACAAUAAAGUUCAACAUAAGUUGAUAAUAUCGCGUCCCCACACCGUAAAUGUACAAAAUGAACGAAUGUAGUACAAAACUUGUUACUAUUUUUGUAUAAUAUUAAAAUAUACGUAGUUUUUUAGUAUUGUGCGAGGUUGAGAUUAAUGGUCGAGUAUAAGAAUCAGUGUUGUUAGUUUUAAUUGUUAUUUUUUUUCUGUAAUUGUUUCCUUUUCAUAUUGCAGAUGGUUGGUUUUAUAAGUUUACGCCUGUUUCUUUCCUUAUAGACGUACGUUAAGGAACUUCGUGUUAAAUUUAAAGAGCAUUUACCUUUAGUACUAGACUUCUUUGCUCGACCAAUGUGAAAUACAAUUCUCUGACUUAUCAGUCUGAUUUCAAUGUUUGCAUAGAUUAUAUCACCAAGUGAUCACUGAUUUAUUGUCUAUACGCCACCCUUUAGACUGCUCUGAAAACUCACCUAGUCCAGAAAAAUAUUGAUACGUUGUAUUCAGACAUUUGCUGUUAUAAAUUUUGAUUAAAAUUUAUACAGUUACAAUUUUAUUUAUGAAUGAAGGGAAUAAUAAACGUAGUAACAAAUAUUUUGCUUAGUCGUGCUCGUUUUUUAUAUAAAUAUCUUAUGUCCCGUGAAAGUUUCCAGAGUAGUCUUCUUAUAUAUAUUUUAUACACUUAUUGUUAAAGAUUUAUUUAAUAAAGUACCUAUUUAUACAGCUGUUCCACAUAUAUUUCCCCAUGUACAUGCCAUAAUAAAUUUUUAUAUAACUCUUAAUAUCUAUAAACGUUAAAUGUACAUAUGAAUGUUAUAUUAACAGUGGAACAGUAUUAUUAUAUAAAAUACCUCAGCUAUCUGUUACCAUAGACAAAUGUCAGGACCAUAGAAGUUUACCGCGAAUCGACGAAAUGGGAUCUGAGUUUCGCUUUAUUUAGUUAAGGGUUAUUUUCUUGAGAAAAGUUGGUUAAUUGUGUCUUUUUAUAAUGCAUACUUUUAUGUGUACUAUGUGUAAAGGGACAAUAUAAGAAAUGUUGCUACUUACAAAUCAAUAACCAACUCACAGUAACAUUUAUCAAAUAGUUCCGCCAUUAGGGCGAUUUGAAAACUUUAAUUUCUCCUUUUAGGAUGUGGAUUAUUUGUGAAAUAAUUUUAAGUCUUUAUUAAUAAUCAGGCAGAUAUAAGAUGCUGUGUUAUUCAAUACAAAAUCUAAUGCACCUCUAUUGUUUCUGGUAUUAUUUAAUUUAAUACAGCCGUUAAAACAAAGUUUUUCGGUUUGAAUUCCCAGUGUCUUUUAGUUAAUUGCCUAGUUAAGAAUGAUGUAUUACAUGUUGGAGCGAUGUAGGCGGGUGUGAUAUUUGUACAAAUAAUGAGUUGUGCCAGAGUAGAUUAAUUUCACUGUACGUUAAAAAUUACUUUUAAAGAGUCGUUUAAACGAUGCAAUAUUUCAGAAUGAAUUUACAAUUAUUAUUAUUUCGGGUCUGAAAAAUUAUGUGGAAUAAAUUAUUAAUUCAC